UCCAACAUGGCGGUGGCUGAAGAAGCUGAUCCGCCUAACCUUAACCUGAACCUGCCAGUCCACAUCACGGGUAGAGAUGCCCAGAGGAACCCAGAGUUUGUGAAGCUGCUGUCAUCCCUGUCACACAGACUAACACACACUGGGGUCAGCAGGAGUCUACACAAGGAUGUGGAACAGGCAACAGAACAGAUGAGAAGAGAAAAAGCUGCUUGGUUGCAGACAGGCGCCCUCUAUCAUGAGUUGGAGGAACUGCUCCUGGACUAUGACAUCAAGAGACAAGAAGCUGAACUACCUGUUGCUGAAACACAGUUUUACACAGCUUUGCGGGAGUGUUUGACAACUGCAGAGAUCUGUGAGUACUUGGAGUGUAGUCCUGACGGCAGAAGGGAUGUCACCUUACUGGGACUCACAUCACAGCAACUUCACCAGAAUAACCCGCAUAGGAAGGAUCUGAAGUCCUUGCAGAAGAAGCUGGUGCCCAUGAUAGAAGAGAGGCUGAAGAAGAAGUGCACAGCAGUCUUCAGUUUCCAUGAAUCUUCCAGUAAUCUUUCCAAUGAUGGAGGUGAGCUGGUUUUCGCCAAGGCGUCCCAGCUUCCCCUGGUGCUGGAGAGAGAGAGGCAAGAUCUACAGGAGAAGAGAAGACUACUCCUGCAGGACAGGGCAGCCAGGGACAGGCAGUUCUGGCAGUACUACCAGAUCCUCCUCCAAACGUUGGAAAGUCUGGAGAGAAUUGUGAAACAUCAUCGUCUUAAGUCUCAACUGGACAACAACAACAUCAUCAGCGAAUGGCUCGUCCAACGCUUCGAUGCCAUGGAACUUAAAAUCAAGGUUGUUGAGUCGCAGGUUCUCUGUGAUACAUACACAGCAGACACAGUGGCAGCACUCAAACAAAUCAGGAGACAUCUAGACCCCACUCCUUACGACAGUGAGUACACCCAGAGUGUGCAACAGCUGCAGGCCUACAGAUCUGUAGGGAUGGGCUUUGACAGUCUGGUACAGGAGUAUGGACAACUACAGGAGGCUAUCCAGAACAAACAGUGGGGACUGACGGAGCUACAGAAGACAUGUUAACUAGUCAGAACAAACAGUGGGGACUUACAGAGCUACAGAAGACAUUUUAACUAGUCAGAACAAACAGUGGGGACUUACGGUGCUACAGAAGACAUGUUAACUAGUCAGAACAAACAGUGGGGACUUACGGUGCUACAGAAGACAUGUUAACUAGUCAGAACACUAGCUUGAAAUUAAGUGCACAGUCCCAAAUUUUGGUGCACAAAAUUGCAUGUACAUGUACAAAUGUACAUGCACCAAGUAUUCCAAGCCCUGAGAUGUCAACUAAGAAAGGAUUUGAAUGUGAACUGUAAUGUAACUUCUAUUCUCAAAUCAUUGAUGGAAUUGAGUCAUAUACAGAAUAUCUGCAGUCUCUGUGGUGUU